AUGUCAUUAACAACCAAAGAUAAAAACGAUGAUAGUAGUAUAACAACGACUAAUUACGCAGAUAAUCCUAAUCUAUCACCCAUUGAACAGAAAAUCCUACAGCAAUAUCAACUCAUGAAUAAUAAUCUCCUCAAAAUAUCAAAUGAGUUGGAACUACUAACUAAUACCACUGAUGAAUUUGGCAAAGGUAAAGGAUCAAGCAUACAAUUGGUUGAAAAUCUAAGACAACUAGAGACAAAGUUGGUGUUUGUAUAUACGUUCUUCAAAGGAGCAGUGUAUUCUAUAUUGAAUGCCCAAGAUUAUAUUGCAGAACAAGAGACCAAUGGGUUAGGAGGAAUUAAUGAGGGAACUAAUGAAGAAGAGGAAGAGGAUGAUGAGAGUGGAAAUGUAGAACUACUGGGAGUUUCUGCUGACGAGAAUUGA